AUUAAUAAACAAUUUCCUAAAAAAAUAAUAAUUUAAAUUUAAUUGAAUAAACUCAAUAUUCAGAGAUGGUUGAAUACUAAUUGAUUAGAACUAAGAAUCUGAGAAGGAAGGAAGAAAAAAAUGUGGAAAAUGAGUGUGUUUCUGAGCAUAAUUUGGGCUGUGAAUUUGCUUUACGGAGAGUGGUUUGCAUUUCUGAUUCCUUCACUAUCGACUUGUUCAUGGCCUCAUCUUCAACCCUCGUCUUCUUCUUCUUCUUCUCAGCUAAAUGAAGUUGAAAAUGGGAGUGAUUAUGUGAAAAUUGCUGUUGUUGCAGAUCCUCAGCUCAUGGAUAAAACCUCCCUUCCUCUUGCUCCGAAAUCGCUUGCUCUCGAGAUUGUGCAGUUCUACACAGAUUUAUACAUGCGUAGGGCAUUCGUCUCAUCUGUAUUAGCCUUCAAUCCCGAUGUUGUUUUGUUUCUCGGUGAUUACUUUGACGGGGGUUACAUUCUAUCGGAUCAAGAAUGGGAGGAAUCUUUGGGCCGUUUUAAGCAUAUAUUCAACCUGAAUAUACUUCGGAAAAACUCAAACAUAAAACUAUACUACAUAUCCGGAAACCAUGAUAUCGGUUACGAAAAUGUCAACUCUCGAAAUCCAGAGAUUGUCAAACGACACGAGAGAGAAUUUGGUGGGAGUAACUUUAAAGUCACACUUGGAAAAGUGGACUUCAUUGCAAUCGACUCACAAACUUUGGAUGGUCAUCCACAAGGCAAACUCACAUCAGAAACCUGGGAUUUCGUAAAAAAUGCCUCUCAAGAUAUUUAUUCAAAUCCAAGGGUUUUAUUGACUCAUAUCCCUUUAUAUCGGCCGGAUUUCACCCCUUGCGGCCCUCAUCGUUCUUCACCAAUCGUCAAUCAGCGAAUUUACCGUGACGGUCAGAAUCAAGAAAUAUGGUACCAGAAUUACGUCACUAAAAACUCAACAGAAGUCCUACUGGAUCUAGUCAGACCUGCACUAAUUCUCUCUGGCCACGAUCACGAUCAAUGCACAGUUACCCACAUGUCCAAGAACGUUCCUGUGACAGAGCAAACUGUAGGAACUAUAAGCUGGCAACAGGGCAACCUGUAUCCUUCUUUUAUGCUAAUAUCUGCCACUAAUAAUUCCACAACUACUCCACAAGAUGCAAUUUCCACUCAACUCUGUUUUCUUCCCAUGCAAACACAUAUCUACCUAUGGUAUUUAUCUCUCUUCGUAAUGACCCUUAUUACCGUCCUCGUUUGGCCGGCCAAUGAAGUCGUGAUAUCCAGAAAGCUAGGCAAUAUAAUGGGUAAUAUAAAGAAUAUAUAUAGCAGCUUUAGGAGUGCGAUAAAAGAGAAGAACGAAGACGAGAAUUGCGAAUAUGAAGAGAUUUGGGAUGCGGAAGGGUCGAUGCACCUUAUCAAGAAAGCCAAAAAGGUUUCCUCAACAUUCGUAAACGAGAGCACCUCUAUAGAGAGGGGCAAUGCUGUGAUGAGAUCGAAAGUUCGAAAACAGGCGGGACCUGAAGGAGAUGCCUCGACGAACCCAGAUGUAAGUAUAUAUGUGGGGUCCGUUAGAGCGAACAGAUCGAGGGGUAAAAUGGUAAUAUGGAGAUUGUUGAGAGGGUUACGAGCAAUAAUCGUUGUUGCUGCUAUAAAUGUACCUCUUUACGUGUUGCUGGUGUUCAAAGAUUGGAUCGACAAAUGAUUUUUUUUCUUUUUUCAAAAACUCUUCUAUAUGAUAUAAACUAAUCCCACCAAUUCAAAAGACUUGUAAUUUAGACAGGUUUCUUGAUACAUUAGCAGACAUUGUACUAGGUCAACAAUAUGGAAAGACAGAAAGUUAACUGUUUUUUUUUUUUUUUUUUGAGAAAAAGACAGAAAGUUAACUUACAUCUUACAUUUGAUCAAAUGGAGGCUUUUAUUUUAUUUA